AUGACGAACACCAUGGAUUGGAAAUUGGCACUGUACAUAGUAGCGUGUUUUGCUGUUUCAUUAAUAGGAGGAUUCAUCCCCUUUCUCAUCAAACUUGUUAAACAUCAAAAGUUAGCAGCAAGGAUAAUUAACAUUGCCUCAGUUGCUGCUGGGGGGUUAUUUUUAGGUGGUGGGUUAAUGCAUAUGCUUUCUGAGGGUCUUGAGAUGAUUGAAGAGUCUGGGUAUACCUUCAAAGGGUUUCCUCUUGGGAUGUUUAUAACUGGUGUAACUUUCAUGUUCAUCUUCUUUGUCGACAGAGUUAUUGUUGAACAUUCGCACACUUCCUUUGACGAGACUGAUGCUAAUAUCAUGCAAGUUGAGUCGUUGACAAUAGUAGAGUUAGAGAACACAGACAGAUCCGAUAAGACUGAAAAUAGCGAGAAAGUCGAAACCCACACCGUCCACCAUUUGAAUGAAGUCCACGAAUUGCAUACAAAAGAAGAAAAUGAGACAAAAGAGAUAUCAACACCAAACUCGACUAGUCCUCUUUCUAAAGAGAACAAAAGUGAUCAAAACUCAUCCGAGUCUUCUGAAGUAGAAAUGCCUGAAGAUGUCCAAACCACUCGAAAGAAUAAAGGAAAGAACGUUGGACAUUCAAUAUCUAAUUAUAUGAACGUUAUCGUGUUAAUCACUGCUCUUUCAAUACACUCAUUGUUUGAAGGAUUAGGGUUAGGUGCUUCUAAUGACCCAUUGUUGAUAUUUAUUGCUAUUGUAGCACACAAGUGGGCAGACUCUGGAUUAGCUGUCUUAUACUUAAUGCAGAAGAUCCGACGGUGGGUGGUGUGUGUUAUUAUAUUAUUCAUAUUCAGUUUAUUCACGCCAAUUGGUGCAUUGAUAGGGUCCUAUAUCAUCGCUUCGCUUGAAGACGAAAAACAAAGUUGUUUAGUUCAAGGCAUUAUGUGUUGCAUUGCCGCAGGGUCGUUCUUGUUUGUUUCAAUAGUAGAAAUACUCGGAGAAGCAUUUGAGGAACACCACCAUAAUGAAUACGAUUCACAUACACACCACGGAGGAAAGGAAGAGUGCUCAAAGUGUGAAGAUGAAGCUGGAAAGGGGGAUAUUAAAAGUAAAGAACACAGAGACUUUGUGAUUGAUAAGUAUAUCAAAUUUGGACUCGCCUUUGUUUUCUUUGUGGCGAUAUCGUGCACUACUUUGAUUGAAGGCGACGAGGCACACGACCAUUGA